GUCAGCAGUUUCACUAUUUUAGGCAACCACAACCCUUUUCCCCAUUAAAACCAGGCGUGUUGUGGGCUGCAUUUACACCACACGCACUCACUCUCCUCUUUCCCACACCAGAUCUCCUCGUCCUCGAUUUUUAGCCGGUUUGGCUCGCUGCCGCAUUGCCUUCGCCGGAAAUCCAUUCGCUCUCGCACUCAUACGAGGCUAUAAAUAGGGAGCGCGGCGCAAGACUGAACCACACACCACAACCCACAAGCAAGAGUACGUAGAGCAAGACCAUAGUGGUGAGAAGAGAUAGGAUGGCGUCGGAGAUGAGCAAGGACGUGAAGUUCUCCGAGGAAGAAGUCACCUCGCACCCGCGUGUUCUCGGAGGUGAGGAUCAGACGGUUGUGCCGGCACGACAGUCUUCCAUCUUCGCGCUGACGUCGGACGAGCUGCAAUACUCGGUGUGCGAGGCAGGGCGCAACUUUGGGUCCAUGAACAUGGAUGAGUUCAUGAGCAACAUCUGGAAUGCCAAGGAGUUCCAAGCAGCGACCAGUGGUGUCUUGGUGGGCAUGGAGGUGGAUCCUGUGGUGGGUGCUGGUAGAGGCGGAGGUGGCGAAGAUGCAAGAGGAACCAACCUAGCCUGGCAGGAGUCAUUCUCCUUGCCUCCCCAGCUGUGCCAGGAGACGGUGGAGGAGGUGUGGACUGAGAUCAACAGGGAGCCCCGCCCGGUGCAUUCCCGGCCCCAGUCCGCGCGGCCUUCGCCGCAGAUUCCCGUCCAGCCACUGGCGGGAAAUGGUGGUGCGGUUGCGGCGAACGACCAGUGGGGGACGCUUGGACAGAUGACACUAGAGCAGUUCCUUGUCAAGAUCGGUGUGGUCCGGGGAUCUGGCACCGGCGGCCAGGCGACUGUGCCGGUCGGCAUGGUCCAUGGACAGAUGAACCUUGUGCAGCAGGGGCAACAGCCUAGCCCAGUGAUGUACCCGAUGGCACCGGCAAACGGCAUGUUCCAUGUGAUGGGCAACGGCAUGGGGUUCGUCCCCAACGGGUACGCAGGGAUCGUCGUGGUGCCGCCGCCACCACCUCCUCAAGGUGGGCUGGGUAUCGUGAGCCCAGGGUCGUCGGACGGGAGGAGCGCCAUGACGCAGGUUGACAUGAUGAACUCCAUGGGCGACGGAGCGAUGAUGGAGAACGGCAGCGCCCGGAAGCGCGCCGCUCCGGAGGAUCAGUCCUGUGAGAGGAGCAUCGAGCGCUGCCACCACCGCAUGAUAAAGAACCGUGAGUCAGCCGGACAAUCGCGUGCUAGGAAGCAGGCUUAUACCGUGGAGCUUGAAGCCGAACUGAACCACCUCAAGGAGGAGAACGCUCAUCUGAAAGCUAAGGAGAAGACGAUUUUGCUGACCAAGAAACAAAUGCUGGUGGAGAAGAUGAUGGAGCGGUCCAAGGAGAAUAUGAACGCCAAGAAGGGUGGUGCCCUGUCGCGGCGCUGCGGCAGCUGCAUCUGGUGAUAGGUGACCCGCCAUUCAGCUUCCAUAGCCGUGCUGGCAGGAGGAUGAGAAUGAAUUAUGGUUAUCUUUCCUUUCCAGAGCGUGGUGGUAUCGUAAUUUACUAGUAGUACCUAAAACCCAUAAGGACCCAAAUGUCAGUGUUUAUCUAGUCAAGCAAGUGAACUUGUGUUGUUGUUAUUGUUUAUAGGUACAUGGGUUUGUUAGAAACUUCAGACAAAUGGAACAAAAGAAAGUUAGCAAUAUGUUGAUGUGUACUAGCGCUUUAAUAUGAUGUGAUGCAA